AUGGGAAUGCAGUUAUCUUCUCCCUUCCAGUACGGUGCAAUGGUUCUCACAUCUACUUUUGCAUAUGGAAACCCUCUACAUAUUAUUGGAAAUUCAAUUUUUUCCUUUAUUGUGACAAUUUGCAUUAUUGUGAUGACAUUAAUGAUGGUACUGAAAAUGAAGCGUUUGAAGUUAAUAAAUCAAAAUUCAAAACGGAAAGCAAAAGCUGAAACAACACUAGCGAUAACCAUGUGUAUUAUUUUGAUUCCAUCAGUUCUUUCUCAAGUUAUGACUAUUACGUGCUUGGGGGAUGCGAAAUAUGCCUGUUAUAUCAUACUGAUUCGACCGAUUCUUCUGGAUUGCAGAGUAAAUAUUGUGUCUUGUUAUUUCUAUUGGACUCAUCCAUAUUUCAAAAACAGUUCAAGUCUAAAAUCAGUGAAUGUCAAAUCUGUGAGCAGUAUUUAG